AUGGGUGCGAACCAGUCGACGCCCCAAACAGACGAGAAGGUCUUCCCCGCGGAGACCCCCAUCCAGUUCUCGCAGGAUGUCGUGAACCAGCUCGCGGACCACAUGGCCGCGCCCGACCCGCCGCCCGAGCGGCAGUCGAGCAUCGACGCGCAGAUCCGCGCGCGCAUCCAGUCCGAGCUCGCGCGGCUCCGCGCGGAGGAGGAGGCCGAGGCGGGUGAGGGGACGGGGGCGGUCAAGAGCAGCGCGGCGUUGAUGGGCGACUUGGAGGAGCUGAGGAGUAAGGUCGACCGCUUCAAGGCGAGGAGGGAGGUGGAGGGGUAUGCGCAGGUGCAGCAGAAGGGAGAGGCGGUCGUCUCGUGUUACAAAAACAGCCCAUCACGAGCCUUGGACUGUUGGCGGCAAGUCAACGAGUUCAAGGCCUCUGUCUCUGAGCUAGAAGAGCAAUACGUGCACUCACUACACUAG